UACGUGGCGAUGCGUUCAAUUUCAUCCAAUCCCAUUCCAUCGUUCCCAUCAUCGUACGCGUGGUGCAAUAGGCCAGUAAAAAUGCAAGUGAAUGUGUUGGCGGUAUAUAUAAAGAAGACUGAUGCCGCGACUCUCGUAAUCCGACAUAAUCCAACAGCAUUGUUCGGGAUAUUGGAUCGAUCGGUGUGCAACGUCCGCCUGAUAUUCGAAUCGCGGAAAUGUGAUGAUUCGAGACUAUAGACAUAUAUAUAAGAUAAUAUUUUUUUCAAUCGAAUCGCGCGCGAUCGUUCAAUUGUGUCGCUUCGUCAAUUAAGCGAGGCUCUUUGCGAUUAUUAUUCAACAAAAACAAAAAGGUGAUAACUAGGAUUUAAAUUUUUCAUUUGUCUUUUCAACAAUUCACCUGCGGAUCAUGAUGAUGUUUCUCACUACGCGAAAGGGUCAUUUUGAAGAAAUCAUCCAUAGUACGAUAUUUCUUCUCUGCAUCUCGCUCAGUUUUAGUCGCAGAUAUUCUUCUGAACCAUUCGAAAACUCGAGACAGGCCUUUUCGCCCUGCGCAUCUGCCGAUUUGGCGAUAUCGUCGGUGAGAAGAGCCGUCGCAUGCAGUGCGUUUAAAUCGGCCGCAUCGAGACGCACAGUGGCGCGAAUCAACAGCGAGCCUGAUGCUGGAGCAGUCGAUGGAAAAGACGUGACUUCAACGCGACGACCUACCCAUGUCAAAGUGUCGUCGCCUCUGUUGUACGAGUCUUUACCGAAAACGUCUUCCCCUCUAUACGUUGCACCGGCCAUCGUUAAAUCCGCGUCAGCUAUCGUAGCUACGGAACCGAAGACGUUGAAAACUGAUGUUCGAUACACGGCAUAUCCCAAGUAUUCCUUCAAUUAUGGCGUGAUCGACGGACACACCGGCGACUCCAAAUCAGCAUGGGAAGAGCGAGACGGUGAUAUGGUUAAAGGAGAAUAUUCGGUGGUCGAGGCGGAUGGAACCAUCCGCACCGUUUCUUAUACAGCGGAUGAUCGUAAUGGCUUCAAUGCGGUUGUCACUAGAAGCGAACCUCCAAAAAACGCGAAAUCUGCGGUCCAAGUAAAAACAUUUGUACCUCUGGCCAUAUUUGCUAGGAACAGGCAUACAAUUUAAAGUUUGCGUAAUCGCACGCAGUUGCUUUUUCUCCUAAAACAAUGCAAAAUAAGUAUUUUACGUAUUUUGUUCAAUUUACACCAUUCUAUAAUAUUUUCGAUGAGAGAUCGUUGUUAUAGAUAAUAUAGAUUGCUCCUUACAUUUGAGAAUUACGUGUGUGUUACUUUAUUUUCUUCUGCUUAAUUUUAUCCACGUGACGCGUUUACGCGCGCCGUGUUAUCGAUACAUUCAAUUUGUAUUAAUAUCGUGUGUCUUAUGCCUGAGAUUAAGUUUAGUACACAUCAAUAUAUAUAUUAUGCAUAUGCAAUGUAACGUCACUUCAAUAUAAAGUUUCUUUUA